AUGCCACGACCCAAGCGAGCGCGUCGCGCUCCAACUCAGCCAGUCGCAGCCGUGCCCGCCGCCGCGCCUGAAGCAAGAUCGAGCCCCGCGCCCGCCUCGGGCAGCGACAUCUACAGCCACAGCGAUCGCGAACAUUCUGAAGGCCCGUCUACGCGUCUAGGCAGGAGUUCUAGCUUGCGCCAGAGGCAGCUGCCAGCCAAGGCGCGUCAUGCAUGGGACGACAACAUGAGCAAGCUGGAGGACACAGUCGAGACGGUGGUUUCCAAAGGAAAGACUUCCAGCGAACAGCAGAAAUCGGAUUCGUCGGUCGAAGCGGGACGGAAGACACGCGCGACGCAUGUUCAGCAGCGCAGGGACACGACUGGGUUGGAUUUGGACGACGAGAUGUUUACAGGGCUUGACACUACUCUCGGCGACGACGACGAUGAUGCCGCUGCGCCUCCAAGUGCGCCGCGGUCUGAAGCCUCAAAUAUCAGUGUCAGCCACUUUAGACGAAAGGGUCGCGGUCGCGCGCCGAGUAUCAGUAUCAACAAGGACGAUGCGCCUAUUAGACCAAGCAGUCGCGGGGUCGGUGGUACACCGAGCAUUAGCUCGACCUUCAACAUCGGUGUAUUCAAACGCCGUCAACGAGAACCGAGUAUUCUGGGCACGGCGCAGAAGGAGCGCGCACAGCGGCCGAUUGAGUUAUCAUCCGGAUCCGAGUCCGAUGACGAGGAUGGUGAAGACUUUGAACCCGAGGCCGAGUCGACGCCUCUUCAGAAUCGCCGCAGAACACAACCUCCCGCAACUGACCUCGAGUCAGAGUUGCAACAGCCAACAAGCGCCAGCUCACGAAAGCGAAAGAGCAUAGAAAGCCACGAGGACACUGAGCGUCCGGGAAAGGCGUCGCGGACUGAAUCUGAGCCCGCGCCUGAGUUGGAUGAUGAUAACGAUGACAGCGAUUCGGAACUCUCUGAGCUGCCUUCUCCUGUUCUGACUCCCACCAGGCCUUCUGCUUUCCCGCGGCCAGCCACUCCGAAUCAAGAGGACAUUAUGGCACCUCCCGAGAGCAGCGACUCGGAAGAUAACAACGAGGCGUGGCCCGACAUUCGCACACUUGCCAAACAGCGCCGCCGCCAAGCGCCAGCCACACCAACGCGGGAUGGCAACAUCUCCGAUGCCUCCUCGCCGCCUUCUCUCACCCACUCGCCCAACUUCCCGGCGACAAGAAAUAAGUCUAAGCAGAAGAAGCAGGCCAAGGCACCGAAGGUUACGACUGCUGAUUUGACGGGUUUGCUGCCGCGUAGGCGCACCAAAAAGCAUCGAGGAGACCCUUAUAGCAUGGAUAACUCUGACGAUGAGGAAGCACGCAACUCCGACGCCUCCCAAGAUGACGACGAGCUUUCAUACGCAGAUACAAGAACUCGCUCUCGGCGGGCAAAGACGACACCUCUCAACCGCAACACAGCCAACAGGCCACCAUCCCGUGGCGGUCGAGCCGCAGCGGCGGCAGGAAAGGCGAAAGCAGCGGCACCAACCACUCGCGCAUCUACGCGCACUUACAGCCGCAGACUUUCGGACAAGGAGAACGAGGGCGAGGGCGAGGGCGAGGGUGACAGCUUCGCCCCCGUCCGAGAUGACGUUCUCGAGAGCCAAGAGAGCAGCGAUCCCGCGCGCAGUGCCGAUGAGCUGAAGAAGGCAACACGCAAGUUUAGGGAAGUUGACCGCUGGCAGCUCGAGUUUGAGGAAAUGACAGAGGGGUCAUCGCCCAAUCGAGAUGCGCGGUGA